AUGUCUGACGAUAUUGUCAUCAAUGGCCGGACUGUGGCCAGCUCUGAUGUGCAGCCAGACGCCUCCAGCUCGAACUAUAUCUUGGUGCGCACCAAGCGCGAUCCAUUAAAUAAGGCCCAAAAAACAGAACUGAAAGGCCUGGGCGUCGAAAUCCAGGAGUUCGUCGGGAAUGAAAAUGACCAGCUAUACCUCUGCGGAUUCAAGCCCGAGGAUCUGGACAAAGUCCGUAACUUGGACUAUAUCAGCUAUGCCAAUAUCUACUCUCCCAUAUUUGUGGUCCCGGAUGUCUUACAGUCUAGCACUGCCACUCCGGCGAUGCGCACCAACGAGGAGAGUGACGGCGCCGUGGAAGUGAACGUUCUUUUGCACCACGAUAUCAAGGAGGCAUCCCAAGACAUUGUCAGCAAGAUUGCACAGGCCGGCAACGUGCAGACGUCGGACAUUACGGUUGAGCCAGGCUUCGUCCGAGUGAAAGUUGACCCCGAGAACUUGGAUAAAAUCGCCGCCGUCGACGAAGUGCGAGUCAUCCACCCCGUCAACGAACGCCGGCUGUUCAACAACGUUGCCCGCACUAUCUUGGGCUUGGGUGGGCCGGGCAGCAGCAGCAGCGGCAGCAAUACAGUGUAUACGGGGAGAGACCAGAUUGUAUGCGUGGCUGACACAGGUUUCGACAAAGGCAGCCUGACGGACGUGCACGAUGCCUUUACCGGUCGGGUCAAGCAGCUGAACCCUUGGGGCCGAAAGAGGGCGAACCUUUGCGAUGACCCUGAUGGCCAUGGCACCCACGUGUGCGGCUCCGUCCUCGGCAGCGGUCAACAUAACUCUCAAGGUCUGAUUCAGGGUGCCGCCCCGGAUGCUACACUGAUCAUGCAGUCGACGUUCAGCAGGUUCGGUCAGAACCACCAAUCUCAACUCGGCGGCAUCCCAAACGACAUCAGUCAACUGUUCAAUGAAGGGUACCAAGCCGGUGCGAGAAUUCACACCAACUCCUGGGGUACUCCGCUGUCACCAUCCGGCGUUCAAAAUCCUUACGAUGCGGGCGCGGAGAGCAUCGAUCAGUUCGUGUUCGAACACCAGGACAUGACGAUCCUGUUCGCCGCAGGCAAUGACGGACAAGACUCGGAUCUCGACGGCAAGGUCAACGAGCGAUCACUCGGUGCCGAGGCGUCGGCCAAAAACUGUAUCACGGUCGGUGCCUCCGAAAACAAGCGCCCAACGCUUCAGUCGGGCAUUGCAGGUCUUCCGUACACAUAUGGUGGCUUCUGGCCCCGGGACUUCCCCAAGAACCCGCUCAAGGAUGACCACCAGGCCAACAACCCGGAUGGUCUGGCGGCCUUCAGCAGCCGUGGGCCGACCGCGGAGAACAGGCUCAAACCGGACAUUGUCGCCCCGGGCACCGCCAUCCUCUCCACCCGCUCCCGGAAUCAGAAAUUCGACGACGAGGUCAAGGUCAUGGGCGUCUCGGGCGACGACCGCUACAUGUACCUGUCCGGCACGAGCAUGGCCACGCCGCUGGUCGCGGGAUGCUGUGCCGUCCUCCGCGAGGCUCUGCAGGCCCACGGCUACCAAGACGAGCAGAACGGCGUCAAGAACCCCACGGGCUCCCUGAUCAAGGCCCUGCUCAUCAACGGCGCCGUGCCCAUCAAGGGACAGUACAUGCCGCGCGAGGUCGGCGACGAACCCAACCCGCACUCGGGCUUUGGCCGUGUCGACGUGCCCACCUCGGUGGUGGACCCGGCCGACAAGACGUCGGGUUACGAGAUCGGGGCCAUCGACGAGGAGAACGAAGAGCCUUUCAAGUUCUCCAUCGCGGUGCCGCCCCAGACAGCCGGCCAGACCCUGAAAGUCACCCUGGUGUACGCCGACGUCGCCGGCGCGGCCCUCGCCAACGACCUGAACCUCGUGGCGAUCGCGGGCGGCAAGGAGCGCCACGGGAACCAGCGGGACCGAGAGUUCAAUAUUGGCGACACGACGACCUUUGACCGCCGCAAUAACGUCGAGCAGAUCAUCUGGCCCCAGGUCUCGGCCGACCAGGUACACAUUGUGGUCCAGCCGUUCCGAUUGGUCAGUGAGCGCGUGCCAUUUGCCGUGGUGUGGAGGUUCUAUUGA